AUGCAAAAUCCUUCUGUAUCUCAAAUUUUAGAUAGACUGAACCAAGAUUCUCAAACUUCUACAACAAAAAAGUCAACAAAAACAAUCAAGAUAAAGAAACCUGUGAAGAAAAAUAUAACUUCUCCAUCAAUUAAUCGAACUUCUAGUGUAUCUGAACAACAAACGGAAGAAAACUUUGAUAUUCAAUGGGAAUCAAUAUUAGAAUGUGUUAAGCAAACAUUUUCAAGUGUUAAAUCUGCAAAUUAUGAAACAACUUAUCAAUUAAUCGAAAAACUCUGCAAAAAUCAAGUAACUUUACAGAAACUAGCCGAUAAAUACACAAAUACAAUUGAUGAAUAUUCCAAUAAUUCCAUAAAAUCUAUUCUUCAACUUCAAAAUUACGAAUCUUUUGAAAAUUUCUAUAUAGAACUCCAGCAAAACAUCGAAAAGCUUGAAACACUGUUUUCCACUUUUGAAAAAUCAUACCUCUAUCCGGUAACCAUUUCCAAAUCAAUUCAAAACCAAUUUAUCAAAUAUAUUUCUCAAAAUUCAGCUCAGCAGGACUUCAUUAUUACGUUCUUAGCUGAUGGGUUUAAGCAAAACAGGCUUAAAUAUGUAAAUGGUUCCACAGAUAUUAAACAUUUUCAAAUAAUAGCGAAUUGUUCUCAUUUUUUUGAGGUCGAAAGCGAUUUACAAGCAGUAAUUAUUGAAGAUGCAACACAGUACUACCAGACGCUGGAAGUUCCUCAAUUGGAUAACGAAAACCUCAUUAAUUGGUUUGAGAAGCAGAUAAAUUAUGAAAUUGACAUGUAUCAGUACUUUAAGACCACAAUAGGCAUAGAAAUAAUUGAUACGUCCAGACAAACUCUUUACGGAAUGAAAUUUUACAUGUAUUUGCAAAAUAUCAUUUCUGACUUAGUUUUUUCGAAGAAAUACGACUCAAUAGUGAAAGUAUCCAAGCUGUGCGAUUAUUCCCCUGAAAUGAAGGAACUUUUUACAGAUGAAUUCAAAAAAUUUGCAAAGAACUGCGUUUCUCAGGUGAAAAAGGGGACUAAUGUGGCAAUAAUUUCGGACAUAUUCGGGAAAUUACUCGUUUUCAGAGAUUUGAAAGAAGGAAUUGAAAAUGAAACAAUAAACGACGCAUUUAAAGCUUUUUGCACAGAAAUGAGGAGUAAAUACAGGAAGCUACAGUUAAUGUAUGCAGAGUUUAUCAACCAGAAGAUCCAAGAAGACGAUUUUCCUCAACAUUUAUCUGAUUAUAUUCUUUUCUUUAGGCAACUGUCUUCGAUAGACGAAUUUGUUCUAGAAAAUCGGUCAUACUUGGUUAAUAGACUAUUAUCUCCGAACUAUUCUCACAUUUCAAACGAAGAAAUUUUUGGAAAAGCGAUUGAAGAAAUUAUAGGCAGCGAUGGCAUUAAAUCAACAUUCCAAAUGAUAUCUGAUGUGAAAUACAGCAGAAGUAUGGACAUAAAACUCUCAAUUCCCGGUUUUGUGACUUUGAUAAAAUACGAUACGUGGCCAGAGUACCAAGAAAUCUUUCCAGAGGUGCCAAGACAAAUAGAAGUGCUCAGAAAGGAGUUCGAAAAUCAGUUCCAUGAAGAAAAUAAGAAAAUUUCCUGGGUUUCUCCUUUGGAAACUGUUGAUUUUGAGUAUGGAAAUGCGAAAAUAAGUGGUUCAUUGACCCAUCUGUGCGCUUUGAUGAAGAUUUCUGAAGGAAAUGACAAAAUUCCAAAAGAUAUCAAAGAACAGCUGGUUGCUGCCAAGAUUUUGGAUGAAAAUAAUAUGAUUUCAACAGAAGGGAACUUCAUCCUACCACUUCCAAAGUAUAGAAUUCCUGAUUUCCACAAAGAAGAAAAUUCUUACGAAGCUCAGCAGAAUAGAAAAGAUAGAAUAAUAGCCCGCAUAGUGUUGAUCGCUAAAAAGACAAAAGAAGUUCCGAAGCACGAUUUAGAGGAACAAUUAAAACAAUUUAUUUCAGAAUUGACAGAAGAAGAGAUUAUUAAUUCUAUAAAUAAUGCUGUCAAGCGCGAAUACAUAUCCUUUGAUAAUGAUAUUAUUCGCUUUUUGCCAUAA